AUGAGGAAAUUGUUAGUGUUUUCUUUGCUAAUUCUUACCAUCUUCCUUGCAUCUCCUACCGUCGAGGGCGAUGUGAGCUUCAACUUGUCCACGGCCACUAAAACAUCCUAUGGAGCUUUCCUCAAUGCUUUUAGAGCUGAUCUGCCACUUGAAAAUAAGAAACCCUACAAUAUAUCUCUACUGCGUGCCACGGUUGCAGGCGCAGCUCGCUACACACGAAUCCAUCUUACCGACCGCAGUGGUCGUGCCAUCACGCUGGCUAUAGAUGUAACAAACGUUUACCUUCUCGGGUUUUACUCCCCGCAGUGUAAUAUAUCCCACUUCUUCAAUGACCCUGUUUCCAUUGCAGCUAAGAGCUUCGUAUUCACCAAUUCUAAGGAGCAAAAAACCCUUCCAUUUGAUGGCAGUUACCCACAACUUGCUGGGGUUGGAGCCAACCGAAGCUCCCUUGUACUUGGCCUCCCAUCCCUCAACAAUUUCAUUCCAACGUUGGCGGGCUACAACUGCCCCAACACCAACUACCAGCCCGCCGAUGUCGCGAAGGCGUGUGUGGUAACCAUUCAGACGAUGUCGGAGGCAGCAAGAUUUCAAAAGAUUCAGGAUGCAGUUCCAAACAAUUUGGUACCAAAUGCAGAAAUUCUAUCUUUAGAAAACAAUUGGGGGAAACUCUCCAAACAAGUUCAGCUAGCAGAGAGUAAUGGUGGACGAUUUAAAAGUAACGUCACGCUUCAAGACCCGACCGGUGCUACGGUUAUUGUGUCAAACGUUAAUUCACCAUAUGUAAGAGGCAACAUUCGGUUGUUGCUGAACCAACAGAAUGUUCAAGCUAUGUCUGAACAUGAAAAUUAUGCUACAAUGUAUUGCCAUUGGUAUUGGUAUUUAUUGGUAUUGGCAUUGGCAUUGGCAUGUGGUUGUUUGUUGGCAUUCAUAUUGGCAUUGGCGUUGGUAUUGGCUGGAAUUAGCAUGGUUGUUCGUUGGCAGGUUGCAAAUUCUACG